GCGCCUGGACGCCGAGGUUCUGGGAGCGCCGCGGCGAGCUGGGCCGCCCCGGCGGCGCCGGCGGCACGCUCGCGCACUGGCUCGGCUACGGCCGCACGGGCGGCCCCGAAGUCCGCGGCCACUCUCAGCAUCAUCAGACCUAUGGCUGGGCUGUCGACCAUCUGCUGCCUGCGCCGGCCAGCUCGACCGGCGCCCCAGCAGCCGCCGCCGCGGCCGCAGGGCCGCUCGCCAGGUGA